ACCACGUGGAUUUAUACCUGUAACGGGCCCGUAACAGGCAUGAAACGGCCCGUGGAUUUUUGGCUGUGUAUGCAACUAAGCAACUGGGUGGAGCUGGUCUUUGCAAGAAGCAGCCAUGGAAGGGAGAGACACCCGUUGCACGGUCUGCAAGGUAGAUUUUCCAUAUCCCUCACAUCUGGAGCGCCACAACACAAGUGCUAAGCACAGGAGACUGGAAAAGUUAAUCAAAAUUGCUGCCAGAGUAGAGCUAGAGAAAGACUCUGUGACUCAUUUUCACACUACAAGGGUAAAAUUAAUAAGACGAAGACUAGACGUGGUCUAUAUAAAUAAUUAUUUUUAUUAGACCAUUGAGAAUGGAGAAGAGUUUGCGCUCAGCCUUGAAAUGACAAAUGACAGUGAGGAAGAUCUCCUGAUACACGGAGAGGAUGGUGCUAAUUCUCAAGCAGAUAUAUUGAGCCCACAUUCUACUGGCAAUGAUUCUGAACAAAGUGGUGACUAUUUCUACCCUUUUACAUCGAAGACAAUGGCAAUGGGCUUCAUCUUGCUGCGUACACUACGACCCGUGAGCGAGAGAAUAGGUGAUUUUGCCCUUAAAAUGUGCAAAGAGAUAGAUCCUUGCUCUCCCAGUAUCUACCAAGUGAAGAGUGUACGACUACCAGGGUUCACUGAACCAACAAAGUGCAACUCUGGAAAAGGAAUACCAUUUUUUGUCAACUUCCCCUCAACAAUAGUAAGGAAGUGUUUGGGAACACCUCGUAUUGCAGACAACAUACAGAGACUUCCUGUUUACUCAAGUGAAGGAAUUUGCGAAAUAUACGAGGCAAGAAGGUGGCACGAGGAUCCCAAAUACCACGCUCCCAUGAUCACACAUAAUGGGAAACAGGUAUUCAUUGGUGAUAUUGUCAGUAUGGAAGCUACACAGGACACUUGGGCAAAGAUAAUGAAGUUUGAGGUUGAGGUACACAAGUACUAGCUGCAUCUAGCAAUAUUCCAUUUUACCUUUAGAAAGAGACACACCAACUAAGUGCAACUGUGAGAAUGAUCUGCACUGAUGGCCAGAAAACAUUUGUAACAGACGAGACUAAGAUUGCCUGCUCUCAACUAAAGGACGUCCAACGGACAACCCUGUUCAACAAGGACAACACUUUUGUGCGCUCUACAGAGGAGAGAGAUGGUAGAGCAAUAACAUCACAGGAAUGGAAUGAGUUGAUACGGAGUCACCCUAUCAGACAAACGGCAAAAGGGCUCUCUGUUAUAACAGUGCCGCUCAUGUUGUACACUGACGAUACAAGUGGGAAUAGAAGUCGGAAGUGGAACAAGUUUGACAAUUGGGCCC